GAAACUGAAACCCAAACUGAGGUCGUCCUCACUGCAGACAUGGCUUCCAGAAAGAAGAGGGAAAACUGGACCGAGGAAGUAAAUUGUCCCGUUUGCCUUGAUUUCUUCACAGAUCCGGUAAUACUGGAGUGUGGACACAACUUCUGCCGCUCCUGUAUCACCCAGUGUUGGAAAAGGGACAUAAACAUCUGCCCGGAAUGUAGAGAGGAGUUUCCGGAAAGAAACCUCAGAGCAAACCGGGCCUUAAAGAAUCUGGCCGAGAAAGCUCGAAUUCUGAAGUUAAAUUCGAGACAGAAGAAAAAUAAACUUCACUGUGAGAAACAUCAGGAAGAAAUGAAGCUGUUUUGUGAAACUGACAAGAAAUUGAUCUGUUACAUUUGUAGAGAUUCGCGGGAACACAAGUCUCACAACUUUCUGCCGAUAGGCGAGGCUGCGGAGAUGUACCGGGAUCAGCUGAAACCACUUUUAGAAUCGGCCACAUGUAGAAAAGAUUCGGUUGAAGGCACCAAACGGCGACAGAAGCAGCUGAUAUCUGAAUUUAAGGAACAGUCGAGCAGUCUGCAGACCCACAUCACAUCCGAGUUCACUAAAAUGCACCAGAUUCUCACUGAGAAAGAGCAGCAUUUACUCAGAGAUCUCAGGGAAGAAGAGGAGAAAAUUCUGAAAAGGAUGGAGAAAAACCUCAGUGGAAUCCAACAGGAGUUAGAUAGCGUCGAGCGAGAGCUAUCAAAAUUACAGAGACAUUUUGAGGAACAAGACACGCUCACUUUUUUGAAGAAUAAUGGAGGCACAUUUGCUAUCUUCCAAUCUAAUCGGACCUUCCCUGUAUCUAGGACCCACGAUUCUCUUUUGCUUAAAGAGGAGGUUUCCAGGGACAAAGUGAUUAAUGUUAAUGGUGUUGCAGAGUCAGUGAUACCUGCCCCAGUAUUUCUGGGAAUGUUCAAAGGCCCUCUACAGUACAUUGUGUGGAGAGAAAUGAUAGCGAGCAUUUGCCCAGCUCCAGCCUCUCUGACUCUGGAUCCAAACACAGCUCAUCCUCAACUCAUCCUGUCCGAGGACUGGACCAGUGUGAGAGUCGGAGACAAAGGGCAGGCGCUCACUGACACCCCACUGAGAUUUGAUUGUUGGGCCUUUAUCCUGGGGUCAAAAGGAUUCACAUCAGGGAGACAUUUCUGGGAAGUGGAGGUGGGGAACAAGACUGAGUGGGGUGUGGGAGUGGCCCGAGAGACUGCCGAGAGGAAAGGGGAAAUUGACCCAAAACCUGAGACCGGAUACUGGACAGUGGGGCUAGGAAAUGGUAGUGAAUAUUUUGCGAGUACUUCCCCUUCAUGGACUACCCUCACCCCAAGUGUGAGUCCCUGGAAGAUCGGCAUUUACCUAGAUUAUGAAGGUGGACAGGUGUCAUUUUACAAUGCAGACAACAUGUCCCAUCUCUACACUUUCACCGACACUUUCACUGACAGAAUCUUUCCCAUUUUUGAUCCAGGAUGGAAUUUUGGCAGGAAAAACCCAGGAGCUUUGAAAAUUCUCUGGAAAAACAGAUACCAACAGUAAAAAGUAUAUUUCCAUUAUUUUUCCCUGGUGGCAGUCUAAGCAACAUUUCCAGUUGUGUCUGUGAUUUCCUGCCCAUCUUUAUGAGGAGCAAUCCCUCAGGACAUUAGAAAUAAGAGCUGGAGUCAGCCAAUUUUGUAUCAUUUGUUCUUUCACAGGAUGCAAAAUGCAAGGCCAGCAUUUGUUAUCCAUCCCUAAUCAACUUUGAGAAGGUGGUGGUGAGCUGCUUUCUUGAGCAGCUGCAUUCCAUUCAUAUUGCAGUUAGGAAGGGAUUAGGGCGGCCACUUGGCCCUUCAAGUCUGCUUUGGAUGAUCUUCUACUUCAACUCUUCCCACACUAUUCCCAGAUUCCUUGAUUCUCUCAGUGUCAAAACAUCUAUCGACCUCUGUCUUGAAUAUGCUAAAUAACUGAGCAACUACAACUCCAUGGGAUUAGAGAACUCCAACCAUUUGAUUGACGAAAUUUCUGCUCAUCUCAGUCUGAAAUGACUGACCACUUAUUCUGAAGUUGAGUCCAUGUUCCGUCAGCAAAAACAUUUCCCCAGCUUCUACCCUGUCAAGUCCCUUAAGUUUGAUUGCAUAUUUCAAAUAGGUUACCUCUCAUUCUUCCAGGGAAUAUAGGCCUAGUCUGCUCCAUUUAUUUUCAUAAGACAAUCUCCACAUCCUGUAACCAGACUUAAUGAACCUCCAUUGCCCUUCCUCUAAUGCCCCAGGUGUAGCUUCACCAAUGUCCUUUAUAAAUGUAGCAAGGCUAGUACACCAACCUCUUUGUAACAAAAGCUAACACACCAUUUGCCUUCCUAAUUUGCUAUUAAUAUUCCAUAAUUCAUGUCGGAUACCCAAAUCCCUCUGAAUGCAAAUAUUUCCCAGCCUAUAAUUGAUCAAAAAAUUGUUCCGCUUUUUAUAUUUUUCCAUGCAGUGGAUAACUUUACAAUUUGCCACAUUGUAUGACUUUGCCAUGUUGCCCAUUCAUCUCACUUAUCUAUAUCCACCUUGUUUUUUGUGUACAUCCUCCUCAGUGAUUACUAUCCCACCUAACUUUGCAUACCUGGCUACAUAUUUAGUCCCGACAUCUAGAUCAUUAAUAUAGAUUGCAAAUAACUGAGACCCAGGUACCAAUCCAUAUGGUGCCCUAUUAGUUGCAGCCUGUCCAUUGACUAAUCCUCAAUUCAGUAUAUCAUAAACUGCAGUUACCGCUUUGAAAACCUGAGGCCAUCUGGUCUAAGACAUUUAUCACCAUUUAGUUUAAUUAAUUUCUUAUGACAAUUUCUUUAAGUCCUUCAUUCUCCCUAGACCUGUGGUUCUCCAUUAUUCCCAAAAUAUUUGUGGUGUCUUCUGUCAAGAAGACAGAUGCAAAGUUUUUGUCUCAUGUCCAUGCCAUUUCCUUAUGGAAGAUUAUAAAUCUUUGCCACCCAGCGCGUGACUAUGGAACAUCUGAGAUCUGAUACUAUUUACUGUUUUGCUUAUGUAAAGGAUAUUCUCAACUUUCAGCUCAAUUAUCCACUGGUGUCUGUAUAAGUGACAUUCCCAGUUUCUGAUUCUGCUAACUCCCAUGUAUUUCUGUGUAGCAAACAUUUCCAGUUGCGCCUUUGAGCAGAGUCUAAUUGUGACUCUAGGUCCCACUGAACAACAGGGCUCAUUCACCAUAUCGAUCAUUAUUAAUCCAACUGUUCUGGAGUUUGCCCUCUCUACUUCAGGGACAAUAGCCUGGGAAUUCCUGCGAGGGCACUAGGGGGUUAGCCUGUAACUCAUAUUUGAGACAUUCCUGUGGCUACUAUUUUUGCAGAGUCAUUAAUCCAUUUAAAAUAGAUGAAUUAAUGUCUGUGUUAUACAGAAGACUAGAAUUUCACACCAAGGGGCCUUUACUCCAUAUCCAUUAAUAACUUUAGAUCACAAAAGUUUAUCUAUCCCAGUUAAAUUCAACAAUUUGUCUAGAAGUGAUUGCCAGUUCUGGAAGAGAGUUCCGAGCUUCUACCACUCUUGAUAUUUUUAUUUUUAAAUGAAGCUCUCUAGUUUUACACUCCACAAAUAGAGAAACUGUUUUCUCUCCAACUACCCUAUCUGCUCUCCUUAAUAUCUUGAAAACUUUGAUUAAAUCAUUCCUUAACCUUCUAAAUUUCAGGGAACGCUACCCUAGCUUGUGCUAAUAUCUCAUAUAAUUUAAGCGUUGGAUUUCAGGUGUCAAUCUUGUAAACCUACACUACAUUCUCUCCAUGGUUAAUACAUUCUUCCUAAAUUGUGGAGCCCAAAACUACUCUCAAUACUCCAGAUGUGAUUUAACCUGGACCAUGUGUAACUGCACCAUGACUUCUACCUACUUGUAUUUUUUUUUUUAUUUAUUCGUUCAUGGGGUGUGGGUGUCACUGGCUAAUUAUUUAUUGCCCAUCCGUCAUUGCCCUUGCUCAGAGGGCUUGUUCAGGGGGCUUUUAAGAGUCAACUACAUUGCUGUGGGUCUGGGGUCAACAUGUAGACCAGACCUUCCCUAAAGGACAUUCAUGAAUCAGAUGGGUUUUUAUAUUUCUAGAGCUCUAGAUAUAAAAUCCAGCAAUUGAUUAGUCUUUUUAACUACUUUAUGUACGGGUUCAUAGCAAUUUGUUUUUGUUAGUUGAUGGGAUGUAGACGUCACUGGCAAGGCCAGCAUUUGUUGCCCAUGCCUAAUUGCUGCAACUGAAUGGCUUGCUAGGCCAUUUCAGAGGGAAGAUAAGAAUCAACCACAUUGCUGUGGGCCUGGAGUCACACAUAGGCCAGAUGCCAUUUAAGGAUGGCAGAUUGUUCCCUAUUUGUGAACCUAGUCAGUUUUUAUACUUUCAUGGUAAUUGUUACUGAGACAAGCCUUUGUUUCCAGAUUUUUAAAAAAUUUAUUGAAUUUAAAUUCCACCAGCUGGAUUGAACCCACCUCCCCAAAGUAUAAACCUGAGCCUCUGGAUUAUUAGUCCAGUGUCAUUACCACUAUACCACCAUUUACUCUCAAUGAUCUAUGUACUUGGAAUCUCAAGUCUCUCUGAACCUUCAUUGUUUCUACUUUUCACAAUUUAGAAAGUACCCUUUCAGAUUCAAAGUGGGAUGACCUCACAUUUACCUGUACUGCAAUCCAUUUGCCAGUUUUUCAAUUCAUUUAGUUUAUCAAUCUCUUUGUAAUUUUAUGCUUCCAUUAUUACUGCUUAUAAUGCUGCCUAUAUUUGUGGCAAAGAAAAUUUGGAUAUGUGGCUUUCUAUCCCACUUAAGUCAUUAAUAAACUGGGUAAAUAGGUGAGACCCCAACAUAGAUACUUGCAGGACUAGUCACAUUCUGCCAACUAUCUACCUGUUCAUUGUCCCUAUGUUCUGUCCCCUGCUGUUCAGCCAAUUUCCUUAACCAGGUAAAUAAUUUGUCUUCAAUUCCAUUGGUUUCAAUUUUAGCUAAAUCACAAAAAUUUAUCUAUCUCAGUUAAAUUUAACAAUUUGUCUAGAAGUGAUUGCUAGUUCUGGAAGAGAAUUCCAAACUUCUGCCACCCUUUAUAUUUUAAUUUUUAAAAUAAGCUCUCUCUUUCUCUCCAACUACGCUAUCUGCCCUCCUUAAUUUCUUAACAACCUAGAUUAAAUCAUUCCUUAACCUUCUAAAUUCAGGAAAUACUACACUAACUUAUGUUAAUAUCUCUUAUAAUUUAAGCGUUGGAUUUCAGGUGUCAUUCUUGUAAACCUGCACUGCAUUCUCUCCAUGGUUAAUACAUUCUUCCUAAAUUGUGGAGCCCAGAACUACUCUCAGUACUCCAGAUGUGGUUUAACCUUGGCUUUGUGUAACUGCACCAUGACUUCUACCUACUUGUAUUCUUUUUAUUUAUUCGUCCAUAGGGUGUGGGUGUCACUGGCUAGUUAUUUAUUGCCCAUUCCUCAUUGCCCUUGGGCUUGUUCAGAGGGCAUUCAAGAGUCAACCACACUGCUAUGGGUCUGGAGUCACAUGUAGACCAGAUCUGAUAAGCAUGGCAGAUCUCCUUCCCUCAGGGCAUUAGUGAAACAGAUGGGAUUUUACGUUUCUAGUGCUCUAGAUAUAAAAGCCAGCAAUCAAAUAGUCUUUUUGACUACUUCCUGGGAUGUAGACGUCACUGGCGAGGCCAGCAUUUGUUGCCCAUCCCUAAUUGCUACAACUGAAUGGCUUGCUAGGCCAUUUCAAAGGGAAGAUAAGAAUCAACCACAUUGCUGUGGGUCUGGAGUCACAUAUAGGCCAGACACCAGUUAAGGAUGGCAGAUCGUUCCCUAUUUCUGAACCUAGUCAGCUUUUAUGACAAUCAAUGAUACUUUCAUGUUAACUGUUACUGAGACAAGCCUUUGUUUCCAGUUUUUUAAAAAUCUUAUUGAAUUUAAAUUCCACCAGCUGCCAUGGUGGGAUUUGAACCCACUUCCCCAAAGUACUUGUGCCUCUGGAUUAUUAGUCCAGUGUCAUCACCACUGUACCACCAUUUACCCUCUGAUCUAUGUACUUGAAAUCCCAAGUCUCUCUGAACCUUCAUUGUUUCUACUUAUCACAAUUUAGAAAGUACCCUUUUUAGAUUCAAAGUGGGAUGACCUCACAUGUACCUGUAUUGAAAUCCAUUUGCCAGUUUUUCAAUUCAUUUAAUUUGUCAAUCUCUUUGUAAUUUUAUGCUUCCAUCAUUCCUGCUUAUAAUGCUGCCUAUAUUAGUGUCAACAGAAAAAUUGGAUACGUGGCUUUCUAUCCCACUUAAGUCAUUAAUAAACUGGGUAAAUAGAUGAGACCCCAACAUAGAUGCUUGCAGGACUAGUCACAUUCUGCCAACUAUCUACCUGUUCAUUGUCCCUAAGUUCUGUCUCCUGCUGUUCAGCCAAUUCCCUUAACCAGGUAAAUAAUUUGCCUUCAAUUCCAUUGGUUUCAACUUUAGCUAAAUCUUUUAUGAGGGAUCUUAUCAAAUGUCUUCUGGAUGUCCAUAUAAAUAACAUCUAAAGACAUUCCCCUGCCAUCGGUUUAGUCACUGCUUCAAAAAAUGCAAUGAGUUUCGCCAGGCUUGACCUAUCUUUUACAAAUCCAUGUACGGUCUCUGUUCAGCUGAAAAUUUAAGUUGUUUAGUCACUCUAUCCUUAUCUAUAAAUCUAGUCUAGAAUGGAUACCCAGAUACUGCCUUCAACCACCCCAAUGAAGGGGACUACAUACUGAGGGGUUGGUGAUAAAAGAAUCAACCUUACUAUUCAUAGCCAUAAAUGCAAAUAAUCUGAGUUGAAGUUGCGUGGUUAAUCGACAUUUAUCUUGGAAAUAGAAACUUCAACUUGUGUUCAAGUAAAAUCCUCUGCAGCUCAGGGAUUAUGAUACACUUAAUUAGCAAGGGCAUCUGGAUAUUUUAACGUUGUUGAUUAAAGCUGAUUUACAUCUUCUACACUAUUCUCUGCACGAAUUAAAAUGUAAUCAUAUGGUGGUUUAGAUAGGACAUCAGUGAUGUAUCAAUAAAAGAAUCAUCCCAAA